UUAAAUUUGAUUUUGGAUAUGAAGGGUAGCUUGGAAAUCGGUCUAUAGUUUUAUAACUGGGAUGGGUCGAAAGAAGGUUCUUUAAGAAGUAGCUGGACACUGGUAAUUUUAAAAUAGUCAGGUACAGACCCGGAUGUGAGAGAGUUGUGGAUGAUAGCGAGCAGGCUGGGACCUAAGACAGGAAGGAUGGAUUUUAGGAAUUUCGUGGGAACUUUAUCACAGGGACUGGAGGAGGGACGCAUAUGCGCUACAGUGUCAAAAAGGAUCUGCAGGGAGAUAGGGGCAAAUUCAGACAGUAAAAUAGGACAGCUGAAUGGUGCGGAGGGUAAAACAGUAAAAUUGGACCUCAGAUCUUGCCAAUAAAAAAUGAUAAGAAGUUUUCACAGUCCAUAGAAGAUGAGGCAGGAAUGACAGGAAGAAAAGGAUUUACAAACUGAUUAAUAGUACUAAACAGAAAUCUUGGAUUGUGUUUGUUGCUAGUAAUCAAGUCAGAGAAGUAGCCAGCUCGCGCAUCUUUUCUGGUUCAGUGUUAACAAAAGCUCUGUCAUAUGGAGGUGGUGAACUUCGAGUUUGGAUUUUUUCCAUCUACGUUCAGCUUUUCUAUAUUCCCUUCUUUGUUGUCUGAUGUUAUCAUUGAUCCAAGGGGUUGUAUUAAUAACUGGGACAGCCCUGGAGGUGAAUGGAGCGGAAGAGUCAAGGGCAGAUGUACACAAGUCAUUAAACCAACUUACUUGGUCAUUAAGAUUAGCAAAGUGAGGAGGGCAAUUAACCAGACCAGAAAAGUAGCUGGAAAAGUUGGCAACAUGAGCAAACAACCCCAUAAUUGUCAUAUUUGCUAAAAACUGGUGACAUUCUCUGAAAUGAGUUAAAGCGUUUGUGCAGCUACCUGUAUUCUGUUUUCAAGACAGCUUGUAGGCAAGUAAAGCAAGGUAAACUUUUUGCCUGUAAAAUACAACAAUUGUCAUAAAAAUGCUACUGAGAAUCCAGCUACAUACAUUAUGUAGCCAGAAGCAUUAGGACAGCAGAACAAGGUGUGUGUUCACUAAAACACAGGUCUUUUUCACUCUAGAAGACAUGUUACGGUAGGAAAAGCACAGGUGUUAAUAAUAACAUUAAUGAUGGCUGAAUUCCAUUUAGCUGCUUCAGUUUCAGGGUCCUGGUGUUGCGCAUGCUGGCUCACUGUCAUGGCUUACUGGGACACUUGAAUAGAACAGAGCCAUCAUUAAUGUUAUUAGUAACACCUGUGCCUUCCCUACUAUGACAAGUAAAAAUGUCUGCUGUGAAAAAGGCCUAUUAUAUGCAUAUAUGAUUGUUAAAAAUCUCCUUCCUAAACCAUGGGGAUUAAUGUACAACCAUAACAGCCUCCACUCGUCUGGGAAAACAGUCCACAAGACUUUGAACUAAUUCAUGAAAAACAACCACACACCAAAACGUACAUAAAAAAUGUGGACCAGUUUUGACCACAUAGUGCAUUUUCUACUACAAAAAAAAUAUUGGUUUGAGUAGUUGGAAGCACUGCUGCCAUGGAGUGGCGCUGUUUCACAGUGUACUUGUUCCUAGACUCUGAAGCCUGUUUAAAUCCAGACAGACCAACCAAUUAACACUCGUUUUGAGGAUAGAAGUAAUGCUGAAUUCAGUCGUCGUCACUGGCUGAUCAUGAGAAACUAACAUUUGGUGGUGUCUUAUUUUGUCUCCAGUCCACAGAUGUUAUCUUAUAAACGAUGCCAAACAAGGUAACACGUCAAAAGCAGCGAUACCGUAGGUCUAUUCCCCUGUGCUUAGCCUGCCAGGUAGCAGUUCCUAAUUUGUGCCACCACCAACAAUCUCUACCAGUCAAAUUACCUAUUUUUCAAGUAUUGUGUUGUAAAAACUAACACGAAUUUUGCCGUUGUCAUGCUUUUGGUCUCUAAAUCCUAUUCAAGAAUGCAUGAUCAGUACGCAUCGUGACCGGAAGUGCUGCCUGGAAAACUCUUUUCAGGGUGCAAUGCUGCCGUUAGAACGGCAGGCUGAGUUACCAAGGAGACGCGAGCUGUGGUGCUAGUCACUGCUAGCCGUUAAACUCGGAGGGAGAGUAGAGAGGACUUUCGGUGCCGCAUGUUUUUGUGUAAGGGGGCAUUUGUAACAUGGCAGAGCUGCACAUUAUAGGCCAGAUCGUUGGGGCCAGUGGUUUCCCGCAAAACAGCCUAUUUUGCAAAUGGGGAAUUCAUACGGGAGGAGCAUGGCGUCUUCUGGCUGGGCUAAAGGAGGGUCAGACCCAGGUGGAUAUCCCCCAAACAGGAGACAUGGCGUACUGGAGUCACCCGAUUGAUCUGCACUACGCGACUAAGGGACUCCAAGGCUGGCCAAAGCUUCACCUCCAAGUGUGGCACCAUGACUCUUUCGGACGCUGCCAGCUGUACGGUUACGGGUACUGCCAUGUCCCCUCUAGCCCCGGACAUCACCGGAUAAGCUGUGCAACCUGGAGGCCGCUCGGCACCUGGCAAGAGCAGUUGGCGCAAAUGUUUGUCGGCGGAGGUCCCCAGCUCCGCACCCCGGACCUCGUAUACAGUGGGGCGGACAGAUACAGACUGCACACUGAAGCCAUGGGAACAGUGGAGCUGGAGCUAGGCAUUAUCGUGAGACACUUCGACAAAUAUGGCGUCGAGAGUUAACACGGUGAAAUGAAAAGGACUUUAGGAUAUUGUGAUGGAUUAUAUAUUAUACAGGCGGAGGUCUGACUUGUUUUUAGUAAAGUUUUGUACUUUUUUUCUAAAUUGCGUUUGUGUUUGUAUGUAUCACUUAGUAAGUGUAUGUAAAUAAACUAUCGUCCUAACGAA